CGCACAGUAGGGUAGUGCGGUGAGGACGGAGAGAAACAGCUGCCAGCUUCUGUCUGCAAGUUCUCCGCUGCAAGAUCAUCAUCCCCAGGGGCAGAUAUCCUCGGGAGAGACUGUCCUUGGCGUAGGUCAUGGAAGGAUGCUACCAGGCUGUGGUCCAGGCACUCACAGAAAUUAUAAACCAUCUGUGAAGAGGGAAUCCAUCUAUCUGAAGAGUGUGUUAAAGGGAAAAGUAAGACAAAUCAACACAUGGAGCUGCCGCCAGGGGAUGAAAUGGAGGAAGGGGAGGCAAAAGAGAAGGAACGCAGGCCUCAGCCUCAAAGCAAAAUGAAGGACCGGCUAGAAGAACUUCUGGAGUUGUCCAAGAGCUAUGACCAGCAGUUUCCAGACGAGGACGAUGACUUGGACUCGGUCCACCAGGACAUCGUGUUCGAGACGGACCACAUCCUGGAGUCCUUGUACCGCGACAUCCAGGACAUUCAGGAUGAAAAUCACCUGCUGAUGGUGGACGUGAAGCGCCUAGGAAAGCAGAACACUCGCUUCCUCACUUCCAUGCGGCGCCUCAGCAGCAUCAAGCGCGACACCAACUCCAUCGCCAAGGCCAUCAAGGCCCGGGGCGAGGACAUCCACCGCAGGCUGCGCGCCCUGCAGGAGCUGAGCCGGGCAGCCGAGGCCCAGCACUGCCCGCACUCGGCCGUGGCGCGCAUCGCGCGUGCGCAGUACAACGCGCUCACCCUGACCUUCCAGCGCGCCAUGCACGAGUACAACGAGGCCGAGAUGAAGCAGCGCGACAACUGCAAGAUCCGCAUCCAGCGCCAGCUGGAGAUCAUGGGCAAGGACGUCUCGGGCGCCCAGAUCGAGGACAUGUUCGAGCAGGGCAAGUGGGACGUGUUCUCCGAGAACCUGCUGGCCGACGUGAAGGGCGCGCGGGCGGCGCUCAACGAGAUCGAGAGCCGCCACCGCGAGCUGCUGCGACUGGAGAGCCGCAUCCGCGACGUGCAUGACCUCUUCCUGCAGAUGGCGGUGCUGGUGGAGAUGCAGGCCGACACCCUGAACGUCAUCGAGCUCAACGUGCAGAAGACGGUCGACUACACCGGCCAGGCCAAGGCGCAGGUGCGCAAGGCCGUGCAGUACAAGAAGAAGAACCCCUGCCGGACCCUCUGCUGCUUCUGCUGCCCCUGCCUCAACUAGCCCGCAGCACACCCGGCAGCCUCUGCCCUGGCCGCCGCCCAGCCCGAGGGGACCGCAGGGCAGCGCCCUGGGAAAGCAGCCAAAGCCGGGCCUCUGCACGCCCAGCCCCGAGGGGACCGCCGGGCAGCGCCCCGGGAAAGCAGCCAAAGCCGGGCCUCUGCCCGUGGGGAGUCGCCUCAGCUCCUUAGGGAACGCCGUCUUUAGGGAAGGAAGAAACCGAAGGUUCAAGAAUUCCAGCCCAGCUGGUGCUUGGAAAGAUGGCCCAAGAUGCUGAUGGCUCUUCAGUAAAGACGGAUUCCUACUGAAGUUACCCACAUUACAACUAAAGUAUGACACAUUGCUCUCUUACCCUCCCCAUGGGGGAUAAAUAGAUAACUAACGUUCCUGACUGUAGGGUAAAUGUCCAAGGCAUGCCUCCUAAUAAAGACUCAAGGAGGAAGUCAGUUUUUUAAUAGCAUGAACUCAUUAUGAAAGCUUCAACUUGUUUACCCUGUCCCGAAAGUUCCUGGGUUCUAUUCCAUUGUGAGUGAAAUUGGCUUUGGAAAAAACUUUCCAAAAGACAUCCUUCCUUUAUGAUUUUUCAUAUAGUUGAUGCUAUGUGAUUCCCUCCCAAUGUAGACCUUCCUGCUCACCUUCCCUACUUAUCACACUGAACACUUCCUAUUUCCUUAUCUCUUUCACUUUUAACAUCAUCUACCAGAUUAUAUUUUUGGAUUAUUUUUCCAAAUAUUUUUAAGCACUGAAUAUUGAACAAGCACUCCAAUUGAAGUAUAUAUCAGUCACAUUUUAUGUAUUUUUUCACAGAUAAAAAUUAUUUUAAAUGUAUAUUUUUACUUAUUACAUAUGCAUAUGUAUGUAAUUGUAAAAUACUAAUAUUCAC